AUGAUUGAAGCAUUAGAUUUGCUCCUCAGAGAUUUAAUGGGAACAGCUAUGCUGUUUGGUGGAAAGUUUACAUCUAAAUGGCAGAAAGGUUCAACGUCAAUGCGAUUACUCCAGAAACAGAAGAAUGGACCUGAAAAUCAAGUGGAAUGCAUUAUAUUCAAUGCGGAGAUAAUGCAUUUUGAAGAUCUGUUUCGUCCUUUCCAUACUUACUUGGUGUCAGUUGCACAAGUCAAAGAAUCAAACUAUAUGUAUGAAAAUCCACUUAACAAAUUUACAUGGACAAUUGAUAGGUGUACCAUUGUUGAGCCAAUAGAAACUGUUAAUCCUCCAGAAGAGCCACUGCCUCCGCCAACGCGCCUAAAUCUUACACCAUUUGGCAAUUUCGAAUAUCAACCCGAGGGAUCUGAAUUCGAUGUGCUUGCCAUUGUGCUCAACGCAAGCCCCUCAACCUAUGCUUCAAAUGUGAAGAGAAUUCAAGAUUUUAUCAUCACGGAUGAUCAGAAAAAACCAACGAAAUUCACACUCUGGGAAGAUUUUAUUGAUCAUAAUGGGAACAAACUACUCCAACUGCUUAAAAAAGAAUACCCAAUCAUCCUUGCUAGAAAAGUUGGAAGACCAAAGUCGUCAUCAAGUAAAACACCUCAAAUGCAUGCAAGAUGGAGUAACAAAUUCAAUACAGGAUUGACUAACAGAUUCAGUACAACAAUUGAAAUCAAUCCUCCAUACCCACAAGCAAAUGUGCUGAGAACAUGGUGCCAAUUUGAAGUGACGCUCACAGAUCAAAGCGGUUCUACAACAGCAACUAUUUCCGACGAGCAUGCAGAAAAAAUAUUGCUUCUCACUUCGGAAGAGAUUUAUGAUAUCGGUAUCUUCAAG